UGAAGCGCGCUCAGGCAUCCUUGCCCGAGGACGACUCCUCGCACGCCAACAAAAGGCUCAAGAUGGACCCCGCUGCACAAGAACAGGCCGCGCAAAAUGAGGAGGGGUGGACAAAGGUCGAGAAGCGGAAAUCAAAGAAGCAAAGGAAGACGGAGAGCAAGCAAGGGGCGACUUCUCCCAAGUUUAUGUAUGCGAAGAGCGAGAUCCUCAAGCGGCGCGACGCUGUGGGCAUCAAUGACAUCCGGGAGCUCGUACUGCACCUUGCCGCGGACGCCCCGCCGUCGAGCUGGGUGAGAGUUGAGAAUCCCCGCACGAUCACGAAAGUAGUGGCUCUCCUAAUACCGGGAUUGACACCGGACAUCCUCGCGCUCCCUCCUCUGCCCACCUCCGCCACUUCGAACCCCAACGUCCCCCUCGCGGUCCCAUUACCUCCCGCGCAGCCGUCCGAGGAUGCCUCUCCCAGCGUCCCAUUCAUCUCCUCCACGUUCACAUACGCAUGUCCGACCCGCGCGCCAGGCGACCAGACACGAAUGCACUCGGUGCUCAACGCGUUCUUCCAAGGUCCCGUUACCGGGGAAGAGCGGAAGAGGCGGCUCACGGAGCGUCUGACUUCAGAACGGGCGCAAGAAAAGUCGCCGAUGCGGUAUCUCCUCACGAAAGAGUUGAUGAUCGAGAACGGCUACCCCAUGCCCUCGUAUCUCGCAGAGACGUUCGAGAAACCGGCAGGGUGGGUGGAGACGAAAGUUGCUGCGGCAGAUGACUUGUUGUCGACAACUCCCGCGGGUGAGGUACCGCGAAUAUAUGCGAUGGAUUGCGAGAUGUGUAUGACGGAGGAGGGCAAGCAACUCGCCCGUGUGUGCCUCAUCGAAUAUGCGUCGGGAAUCGUGAUCUACGACCAGCUCGUGAAGCCUGGAAAGCCCGUCGUAGACUAUCUGACACGAUGGUCGGGCAUCACCGCGGAGGGACUCAGCAAAGCAACUGCCACGUUCGAAGAGGUACAGGCGCACGUCCUCUCCGUGCUCUCCGCGACGCCCACGCCCGUACUUCUCGGUCACUCGCUAGAAUCCGACCUGAACUCGCUCAAGAUCUGCCAUCCGCGCUGUAUCGACACCGCUGUGAUCUUCCAUCACCCGCGCGGGCGGCCGCUGAAGCCCGGCCUCGCAUGGCUCACGAAGAAGUGGUGUGGGCGCGAGAUCCAGAACCGCGGCGAGGGCGGGCACGACCCCGAGGAGGACGCGCGCGCGUGCGUAGAUCUGCUCCGCAAGAAGGUGGACAACGGUCCGGGAUUCGGCGAGUUCAAGGUCGACAUGGAGUCCAUCUUCGAGCGCAUGUCGCGGGCACGCGGCGGCACGGUGAAGAGCGCGGUCGUGGACCACGGGAGCCCCGCCGCGUGGCACGGGCAGAAGGCGACGACGUGCGUCGCGUGCAAGAGCGACGACGAGGUGCUCAACGGCCUCGUCGACUCGAUAGAGUCGCACCAGUUCCUCUUCGGGCGCUUCACUGCGCUCGCAGACGCGCGAGGGUGGAUCACGGCCAAGGCUACAGGCGACAUCCCGCUCGACUCCGUACCUGCAACACCCGCCGUCGACCCGUCCCCAGCGGAGCUGCGUCCGGUCCUCUCCACACUUGACAACCAGCUGCGGCAGCUAUACGCUGCGCUGCCCGCGCGUACCGCGCUCGUGCUGUUCACCGGGCAUGCAGACCCACGACGGAUGGCGGAGCUGAACGCGCGCAAAUCGGCGUUCGAGGGUGCGCUGCGCAUGGGCAAGAACGUCGAGGAGCUGGGGCCGGAGUCGCGGUGGACGACUGCGGACGGGCGCGAGCUCGAGGAGGAGGUGGAGAAGGCGAAGCGGGGCCUGUUGUUCCUGGGCGUCAAGGCUGGGUGAUCAUCUGUCUCCCGAGAACCUCGAGCUCAUGUACGUCGCGCACAACCCUUUCUCGACGUCUUGAACGCACCGCUGGCCAUCGCACUACGAUGCUUGGUAGGAUUGGAAUGCCGGCACUAUAGGUUUACGUACUUGUGGGCCGCAAUAGACGCGCUGCGGUUGCUUUCCUCUCUUGGACCGC